AUGCUGCGCCACGUGCUGUGCGUGUUGGCCCUCGCGCUGUGCUGCUGCACCUCUCUGUGCGUGGCUGCGGUUGCGUCUGGUGCUGUUGGUGAUGGUGCACCUGAGGGCACAGUUAAAUUCCCUCUUGUAACUGGCGACGCGAAGAUAACGCUGACGGAAACAGUUGAUGACAGCAGCUGCACAGUACCACAGGACCAGACUGGGAACUCCAACGACCGUACAAUUUCCACUACGGUUACUUUGAAGAAGGAUGGAUCACAAGAAACGAAAGAAAUUAAGAAGGAACCCCUUAAGAUUGUCAAAGUUCCCCUUGGGCACGGCUUAAUGCUGGAGACAUCUUUGAUUGUUGAGUGUACGAAACAAGGUGAGGCUGAUGCCGCCAUCACGAAAACAAACUGCACUGCGGAAGAUUCAGAAGCGGCUACCGGCAGUAUCACUUAUGUGGCCACUGCUGCCGACUCCACAGCGGGCGGUAUUACAACAACGAACAAGCAGGAAGUCAAGGUACCAGUUGGGUUUGACGUGAGUAUUAUCGAGAAGGUUGUAGUCAAAUGCAAGCCUUUCUCAGCAGCGGAGCCACAUGUCUUGCCUACAACGGCCAAAAUUCCUGCCGAACCACAUGGGAAAUCGCAUACCGACCAGGACGCUGAGGAAACGUCUAUUCCACCUGAGGGUCCCCCACCCGAGCACAAACCUCUCACAACACUGACAGACAAUCGGGAGACUCACGGCCGGCAGACACGUCAAGAAGUGGGGACCACAGCGCCCGACCCCACCACCAUUAGGAAAGGAUCAGCAAGUCCUGCGGCUGAUAGAAAACAGAGCAGUGCUCUCAACAACGACGUCGCCACACCAUCUUUCAGUGAGGCAGAGAGCACCGAAACAGACAACUCCGUCACAGUGAGUGACGCCGAUCACACUGCCCCCACAACCACACCUCAAUCAGAGACCACCACCGAAGGAGCUCCCAAAACUGACGCCGGUAUGUCCACCUCUGCGGGAGAGGGCGUGAAGCUUCCUGACCGCAACACCGACGCCAGCAGCAGCAGC